AUGGCUUCGGGAGAUGUCAACCCCAGCCUCAAUCCUCAAUCCGGGCAGGUCCGGUUCUCUACGGUAACGGAGGAAAUCGAGCCUACCGAUCCGUCGUCUUCCGUCAAGUCUCCUGGAGCAGAGUCGAUCAAGGAUACGCAGCAUGAGGAGGAACUGCGGUCGCUAGCUGCCAGCUUGCAGCGGUCCCAAUUGCAGGAGAAUCGAUUGCGGCAGUUCUCUUACGAUCCCAUCUCGUUGCCGUCAUCUAGAGUUGCCUCCCGGGAAUCGAGCGACCGCAGUGCACGCGAAGCAAAUGGAUCGGGCUUCCCCUCGCCCCGAGGUUCCCCACCAGUGUCCGCCAUGCAAUCACCCCCGCUGACGCCCGCAGCCACACAUUCACGGGAAUCCAAGUCGAUUGAUACUUCUUCCACAUCCAACACCACCGAUCGGGCCGGUAAUGCCGCCCAUUCCACCCAUAUGACUCCCGUAACCUCCCCUCCAGCCAGCGCUGCCACACAACAUAAGGCUCCUCAAAGCGCCCCCUCCUCCCGUCCAUCCUCGACCGAUCAACUGUCGAAGCAGAACCAAGUGGCACAGACCUCUUCUCAUCCGAACCACGGCGCGCGGCAUCGGGCGCAGUUCUUUAUCGGUCCCACUGAUGGAUCCCAGGAAGAAAGCCCACCAGCCACCCCUCGCGGUGAUCCCGAGAGCUAUACCCCUCCGGGUGCGAUCACGCCGGUGGGUGAGCCGAAUGACCCGUAUGCUCGUAGCAAGCGUCCUCCGCAACCGAAGAACCUUGCCCAACUUGACCAGCGCUUCAUCUUCGGCAGCCGGGACUCCAAGCGUCGCACCACGACAUCGGCCUUCUCACGCCCAUUGAGCCCUCGUUCUUCCAGUGCCACGGAUCUCCGGUCCAGUGAAAAGCGCAGUGGCUUCUUCAAUUCCAAGCGAGAACCACGACAGCCGGAUGCCGAGGGGAAGACCCAUGGCCAUAUGUCAGAGUUGAAGCGCUUCUUCAAGCGAACCCACAACAAACACAAGCGAGGUGACUCACCGUCGUCGAUCCCAUUCAAGAAAUCGAGUCGAACCUCGGGCAAGGGCGGCCCAUUCCACGCGGCAGCCGACAGUGUCCCGUUCGCAGACGAUCAUGGUCUUAACUCGAAGUAUGGAAAGUUGGGCAAGGUGCUGGGGUCGGGAGCCGGAGGCUCGGUUCGGUUGCUUAAGAGGAAUAGUGAUGGGGUGACUUUUGCGGUAAAGCAAUUCCGAGACCGUCAUUCAUGGGAAACUAUGAAAGAAUACUCCAAGAAGGUGACUGCGGAAUUUUGCAUUGGGUCUACCCUCCACCACGGCAAUAUCAUCGAGACGCUGGACAUUAUUCAGGAAGGAAACCAUUGGUACGAAGUCAUGGAAUAUGCGCCCUUUGAUCUGUUUGCCAUCGUCAUGACAGGAAAGAUGGUCAAGGAGGAGAUUGCUUGCUCUUUCAAGCAGAUCCUCAGUGGAGUCGCCUACUUGCACGGAAUGGGCCUGGCCCAUCGUGAUCUGAAGUUGGACAAUGUGGUCGUCAAUGAGCAUGGCAUCAUGAAGCUUAUUGAUUUCGGAAGCGCUGUGGUGUUCCGAUAUCCUUUUGAGAAUGAUAUCGUCCUCUCUUCUGGAAUCGUUGGCUCGGAUCCAUAUCUCGCCCCCGAAGUAUACGACGAGAAGAAAUAUGACCCUCGCCCGACUGAUAUCUGGUCCCUGGCCAUCAUCUUCUGCUGCAUGACUUUGCGCCGAUUCCCUUGGAAACAACCCCGUGUCAGCGAUAACUCGUACCGACUGUUCGUUUCCACGCCCACUCCUGGAACUCCAGUGCCUGAGGUCGACCCGAAACGCCACCGGGCCGUCAAGUCAUCUCCUGAUCUUAUCACCGCUGCCCAAGAAGGCAAACCCGCCCAGCCCAGUAUCAAUACUGACGUCGCUGGACAAUCUUCCCAGGGGAACGGGCAGCAAGCUCAACAGCCUACUGCUGCCGGCGAAGAAAACCAGCCGCCGAAGAGUCCUCAGGACAAGCCGCUGGUCACCAAAGCACCUACGGAUAGCAAGAAUGCUAAUGCUACUACUCACAAGCCUUCCCGUACCACGAGCAAGGAGGCCCCUCCACUUCCGGCGAACGCCCAGGCGGCGGCUCAGCGGCAGGAAGUCAUCAAGGGGCCCUGGCGCCUUCUCCGGCUCCUGCCCCGCGAGAGCCGGUACAUUGUUGGCCGGAUGCUCAAGGUGUCGGUGAAGGAGCGCGCUACACUGGAUGAUGUCUUGACUGAUGAGUGGGUGCGCAACAUCAAGGCGUGUCGGCAGGAGUUGACCGGCGAGGUCAUCCAUGCUCCAGGCCACACCCAUGUAUUGGAACCCCCUUCGGCCAGUGUGCCAGUUCCCAGCAAGGCUAAAUGA